CCUCCAUUAAUAAGUUAGGGGUUUUCUCACACAAAUUUCGAAUUCUCGUCAAUUUGUCAUGAAUUUUUCAGUCUAGAUUUAGCUAUCUACAAAGUUUGAGAAGAAUUUUCUGUUUUCUAAUUUUUUUGCCCGUUCAAUCUCAAAAUGGAGUCGAUUUUAGCUCGAGCAUUGGAGUACACUCUGAAGUACUGGCUUAAGUCUUUCUCCCGAGACCAGUUCAAAUUACAGGGCCGUACGGUACAACUUUCCAAUUUAGAUAUAAGUGGCGAUGCGUUGCAUGCGAGUAUGGGAUUGCCUCCUGCUUUGAAUGUGACGACAGCAAAAGUUGGGAAAUUGGAAAUAAUCCUCCCCUAUGUCAGUAAUGUACAAGUCGAGCCAAUUGUUGUGCAAAUUGAUAGGCUUGAUUUGGUUCUGGAGGAAAAUUCUGACGCUGGUUCUCCUAGAAGCUCAAGCAGCAUGCAAUCAUCCACCAGCUCAGGGAAGGGUAGUGGUUAUGGGUUUGCUGACAAGAUUGCAGAUGGAAUGACCCUACAGGUUCAGACAGUCAAUCUUCUACUUGAAACUCGUGGCGGCACCCAUUGUAAAGGGGGGGCAGCUUGGGCACCGCCCAUGGCAUCUAUCACGAUGCGCAACAUUUUACUAUAUUCUACUAAUGAGAAUUGGCAGGUUGUAAAUCUUAAGGAAGCACGAGAUUUCUCUACAAACAAAAAUUUCAUAUAUGUUUUCAAGAAACUAGAAUGGGAAUCUCUAUCUGUUGAUCUCCUGCCUCAUCCUGAUAUGUUCAGCGAUGAUAAUUUAGCACGUUCUCAAGUGGGGUCAACUGAAAGAGAUGAUGAUGGUGCAAAGCGUGUUUUCUUUGGUGGUGAACGCUUUCUCGAAGGCAUAUCUGGAGAGGGUUAUAUCACUGUUCAGAGGACAGAAUUAAACGUUCCACUAGGGCUUGAGGUUCAGUUACAUGUUACAGAGGCGGUUUGUCCUGCAUUAAGUGAACCAGGGCUCCGAGCUCUUCUCCGCUUCUUGACUGGAUUGUAUGUAUGUCUAAAUAGAGGAGACGUGGAUCUAAAAGCUCAGCAGCGAUCUGUUGAAUCAGCUGGGCGGUCUCUAGUUUCCAUUGUUGUGGACCACAUAUUUCUUUGUAUCAAGGACAACGAGUUCCAACUUGAACUUCUGAUGCAGUCACUCCUCUUUUCUCGGGCUAGUGUCUCUGAUGGAGAAACUUCUCGCUUUUUGUCAAAGGUUUUGGUCAGCGGAUUGUUUUUAAGGGAUACCUUUUCACGUCCUCCCUGUACUUUAGUGCAACCAUCUAUGGAGGCUGUUACUGAUUCUUGUCUUCGUGUUCCCAACUUUGGUAAGGAUUUUUGCCCUCCGAUAUAUCCUCUGGCCGAGCAGCAAUGGCAGUUAACUGUGGGCGUUCCUUUAAUAUCUCUCCACUCUCUCCAAGUCAAGCCCUCUCCACUUCCUCCUUCUUUUGCUUCUCAAACUGUAAUUGAUUGCCAACCUCUUAUGAUACAUCUUCAGGAAGAAUCUUGUUUGAGGAUAUCUUCCUUCUUAGCUGAUGGAAUAGUUGUCAAUCCCGGUUCUAUUUUACCAGAUUCUUCAGUGAAUUCCCUUUUGUUCACUCUCAAGGAGUUAGAUAUUAGUGUUCCUCUGGACAUAAGCAAAUUGGAUAAUCCUGGUGGAGAGAACCAUAUCAUGCAAAAGUUGUUUGCUGGAGCUAGGCUUCAUUUCGAAAAGUUGUUUUUCUCGGAGUCACCAUUACUAAAACUCAAGUUCCUGAAUCUGGAGAAGGAUCCUGCUUGUUUCUCUCUAUGGGAUGGUCAACCUAUUGAUGCAAGCCUAAAGAAAUGGACUGCUGGAGCAUCACAACUCAGUUUGUCUUUGGAAACAACUGCUAGCUUAAGUGGAGUUCAAAGUUCUCUUGGCGGGUCUUCAGGCUUGUGGAGAUGCGUUGAGCUAAAAGAAGCUUCUGUUGAGUUGGCUAUGGCAUCUGCUGAUGGGAACCCAUUAACAGUUGUGCCUCCACCAGGUGGUGUUGUCAGAAUAGGGGUUGCUUGUGAACAAUAUAUGUCCAAUACAUCAGUUGAACAGUUGUUUUUCGUUUUGGAUCUCUAUGGGUAUAUUGGUAGAGUUAGUGAAAAGAUUGCAGUGGUUGGAAAGAAUAAAAGACCACAGAGAAACAAGGAUGAUAUUUUGGGCGGAAGACUGAUGGAAAAAGUUCCUAGUGAUACUGCCGUCAGUUUAGCAGUAAAUGUCCUUAAGCUUAAAUUUCUCGAAUCAUACUCGUUGGAUAUCCAAGGGACGCCUUUAGUUCAGUUUAUUGGAAAUGAUCUGUUCCUUAAGGUCUCUCACAGAACUCUUGGUGGUGCUAUGGCUGUUUCAUCUACUUUGCGUUGGGAGAAUGUUCAGGUGGACUGUGUAGAGACAGAGGGGAACAUUGUACACAAGAAUGGAACACUGUUAGAUGCAGUUGAAAACGGUUCUCUGGUAACUGGGAACGGAUUUUCUCCAUUAAGAGCUGUAUUUUGGGUACACAACAAGCAGAAGCGCCUAUCAAGUGGAAAAGCUUCAGUAAUUCCAUUUCUGGACAUAAGCAUUGUGCAUGUCAUUCCUUUUGAUGAGAGGGACAAAGAGUGUCAUAGUUUAAGUGUGUCAGCUUGCAUAUCAGGUGUGCGCUUAGGUGGAGGAAUGAAUUAUACUGAAGCUCUGCUACAUCGAUUUGGAAUUAUUGGGCCUGAUGGUGGUCCCAGCAUGGAGCUUUCUAAGGGAAUAGAGAAUUUAUCAUCUGGGCCGCUGUCGAAACUUUUAAAACCUUCAGCUUACGUUGAUAAUGGUCUUGUGGAUGGUGGAACCUUAGGAGGGGUGAAAGAUGAUAUUUUUUUGCACCUGGGAAUGCCAGAUGAUGUGGAUGUAUCCAUUGAGUUACGAGAUUGGUUAUUUGCUCUUGAAGGUGUGCAAGAGACGGCUAAAAGGUGGUGGUUUGAGAAAGAGGAAGCCUUGGGCAGAGAGCAGAGGUGUUGGCACAUGACUUUCCGAAGUUUGCAAGUUAAAGCAAAAGGUAGUCCGAAGGAUGUGCCAAACGGAAAAGGGAUUUCAAAUGGAAUACGGAGAUAUCCUGUUGAGUUGGUCAUGGUUGGUGUGGAAGGCUUGGAGACCUUCAAGCCUCAGGCACAGGAGACAUUCAAGCCUCAGGCACAGAAGAGCGUCCUUCAAAGUCCAUCAUCUGCAAACGGCUUCGAUGAAAAUUUUGAGAUAUUAGGAGGGAUAAAUCUUGAAGUUCAUAUGUUGGUAUCCAAAGAUAAUGUUGAGAGUGAAAUGGUCGACUGGGUGGUGGAAAGCAUGAAAUUUUCUGUCAAACGACCGAUUGAGGCCGUUGUUACCAAGGAUGAACUUCAGCACCUUGCUUUCUUAUGCAAGUGUGAAGUUGAUUCAAUGGGUCGUUUAGCUGCUGGAGUAUUGCGGCUGCUCAAGCUAGAAAACUCACUCGGCAAGAAUGCCGUUGAUAAACUGAGCAACCUAGGGAUCGAGGGUUUUGACAAGAUUUUCGCAUCGGAAAAGCUCAACCGAGGAAGCAGUGCUGGAAGCAUCGGGCAGUCUCCAAAAGUGAUUAAUGAAGAUCAGCGCUCAACUAUGGCUUUGCUUGAGGAGACAGUUUUGGAGUCACAGGCCAAGUGCGCCGCUCUCGUCACUGAAUUAUCUAAUUCAGAGUCUUCAGUGGAGAAUCAUGUUACGAGUGUUAAAGAACUGAGAUGGAAACUAGAUAGCAUGCAGAGUUUACUGGCGCAACUGCGAGGUCAGAUGUGAAAUAGAGCAAUUUUCUCCCCAUUCUUUGCUGGCAUCAUAUAGCUUACUCAAUUCUUUCUGUAUAUAGCAACUGACUUAUAAAUACAAGUGUGAGUUUGAGAUUAGUUAAGCAUCAAAGAAUGCUGAUUAUCGGUGUAAUCUGGAAUUUUGUAUUUGAAGAUGCCAAUUUUUCUUAUAAACA